AUGGGUCGGAAGUACAAGCCGCGCUCGAUAGCCGAGCAGGAUCGCAAGCUGUGCGGCGGCAUAUGCAUAUGCCAGUUCACCAUAGUCAUUAGCGUCGUGUCCUUCGUUUACCUUUUUGUCGCUAUCUACAUGCCAUCCCACAGAGCCUUCAAAGCGGGAAUCGAGACUGAUCCCGUGAUGUGCCAGACGGUCAACACGACGCUGGUCAACAACUGCGUCUGGGCGAGCUGUGGCGAGUGGUGUCUCACCAGAACCACUGGAUUCUGUCCCCAGAUCCACGCCACCGUCAGACGCAACGGCACCGAUCUGAUUUUCGAUAAUUGCUCGAGACCUGCCACCGUUUCCUGUCCGAUGGUGAACCCGGCGAACGCGAAGCGCUACAACUGCAACAACGGCAGCGAGUGCAGCCAAUUGAGCGGCACCUUCGAGUGCAAGCUCGGCCACUGCUCGAACCUGAGCGAGCUGAUGCUCUGCCACGACAAGCCCGAUGGCCAGGUGGUCGACGCCGAGAAGGACAACAUGAAGCUCAACGGGAACUUUCGCUGCGUCAACUCGCGCUGCACCCGCAUCAAGAACCCCUUUACCUGUGACCGCUACUGCCCCAAGAUAACGACCACCAACGUCAACGUCUUCAUCAUGCAGGCCGACAACGUCGUCACGGCCUCGUGCUCGCGGGCCUUUGCCCUCAACAAGGCGCAUGGCAACAGGCCCGGGGAGAGGCUCCGGGAGCCCAGGGAGCUUUGGAGGAAGGACAAGGAUGCCAUUGUCGUCAGUUGCUUCGCGGCCGAGAGGCAGGGGGACAAGAUCAGGACGGAGGACUGCGUGAACGGGACUUUACUGGCGAGCGGCCGGGUGCCCCAGCCGUUCAUCAAUUUCACGACCUUCCUGAUGAUGUACGAGCAGAGCUUGUCCAGGAAAGUGGACCCGAGCGACGCUUACGUGCCGUCCCAGCACUCGCUCACCAUAUACAACAGCUCGCGGCUCUACAUCAAUCUCGAGGGCUGCGUCAACACCUUGCGGGGCGAGUGCCGCGAGUUUCUCGUCACUCACGGCGCCGACGGUGACAACCAGACGGCUCAGAGCCGAUACCCUUGCUACUACAACAAGAACAACUCGUUCCUCGUGGUGGCGCGCUUCGACCUCGAGCACACGCGCACCGUCCUCUUCUACUCCAUAGUCGUGCCGGUGUGCAUGUUCUUCGUGAGCCUGACGGCCCUGAUAGUGAUAACGUACUCGGUGCGCGUGGGCGACGACUCGAAGAUGCACUGCACGAUGUGCGCCGGUGACGACCAGCCGAACGAGAGCGAGGGCUUGGUGGAGACCAGGGCUACCUCGACGCCGCCCCAGGCCUGUCCCAGCGUGAGCGUUACUGCGCCGGAGAACGCGAGACUCAAUCCCGCGGGUAUGGCGCUCUAG